AUGAUUUCAAUAAGACAUGCAGAAAUUGAAGAUUUAUUAGCUAUACAGCAUUGUAAUCAGCAAUGUCUUCCAGAACAUUAUAAAAAUAAUUAUUUAGUUUAUAUAAUGCUUUGUUGGCCAUCAUUAUCAUAUGUCGCUGAAGAUGAUAAGGGAAGAGUAAUAGGAUAUAUUAUAGUUAAAUUGGAUGAGAAUAAUGAUAAAAAAGGUCUUGUUGUAUCAUUAGCCGUUUCAUUGUCAUACAGAAGGUUGGGUAUAGCAAAAAAAUUGAUGAAUUUUUCAAUACAAGCAUUAAUUGAUUGUUAUAAUGCUACUGAAAUAUUUUUACAAGUCAGAAAAAGUAAUAAUAUUGCAAUUAUGUUUUAUAAAGUAAAAAUGAAUUUUAAAGAAGAAAAAAUAAUAGAAGAAUACUAUGCAGAUGGUGAAGAUGCUUUUUUAUUAUCUAAAGAUAUAUCAGAUAUAAAAAUAUUUUAA